AUGGCUGCAGAGCUGUAUCCCGCCAAGAAGCUGGUCCCCUCCGCCUCAGCGAGCAGCACCUCCUCCUCCUCCAUCCAGGACCAGUACCAACAGCAGAACCUCGCCAACAACAACAGCCACAGCGCCGCCGCGGCCACGCAGGGCUGCUGCAACUGGCAGGGCCUGUACCCCACCCUCCGGGAGAGGAAUUCAGUCAUGUUCAACAACGAGAUGAUGGCGGAUGUUCACUUUGUGGUCGGGCCGCCUGGCGGGACGCAGCGAGUACCGGGACACAAGUACGUCCUGGCUGUCGGCAGCUCCGUGUUCCACGCCAUGUUUUACGGAGAGCUGGCCGAGGACCAGGAGGAGAUCCGGAUCCCUGACGUGGAGCCUCCUUCGUUCCUGGCCAUGUUGAAGUACAUCUACUGUGACGAGAUCGACCUGUGCGCCGACACCGUGCUCGCCACCCUCUACGCCGCCAAGAAGUACAUCGUGCCUCACCUGGCCCGGGCCUGCGUCAACUUCCUGGAGACGAGCCUGAGCGCCAAGAACGCCUGCGUCCUGCUGUCGCAGAGCUGCCUGUUCGAGGAGCCCGACCUCACGCAGCGCUGCUGGGAGGUGAUCGACGCGCAGGCCGAGCUCGCCUUGCGCUCCGAGGGCUUCUGCGACAUCGACGCGCAGACCUUGGAGAGCAUCCUGCGCCGCGAGACGCUCAACGCCAAGGAGAUGGUCGUGUUCGAGGCGGCGCUGAGCUGGGCCGAGGCCGAGUGCCAGCGGCGCGACCUGGCGCCGACGAUCGAGAACAAGCGCCUGGCUCUCGGCAAAGCCAUCUACCUGAUCCGAGUCCCCACCAUGCUGCUGGAGGACUUCGCCAACGGCGCGGCGCAGUCGGGCGUGCUCACGCUCAACGAGACCAACGACAUCUUCCUGUGGUACACCGCGGCCAACAAGCCCGAGCUGCUGUUCUGCACGAAACCGCGCAAGGGCCUGGCGCCGCAGCGCUGCCACCGCUUCCAGUCGUGCGCCUACCGCAGCAACCAGUGGCGCUACCGCGGCCGCUGCGACAGCAUCCAGUUCGCCGUGGACAAGCGCGUCUUCAUCGCCGGCUUCGGCCUGUACGGCUCCAGCUGCGGCUCGGCCGAGUACAGCGCCAAGAUCGAGCUGAAGCGCCAGGGCGUGUCCAUGGCGCACGUCAUCAAGUACUUCUCGGACGGCUCGAGCAGCACGUUCCCCGUGUCCUUCGACUACCCCGUGCAGAUCGAGCCCGACACCUUCUACACCGCCAGCGUGGUGCUGGACGGCAACGAGCUGAGCUACUUCGGCCAGGAGGGCAUGACGGAGGUGCAGUGCGGGAAAGUGACCUUCCAGUUCCAGUGCUCGUCGGACAGCACCAACGGCACCGGCGUGCAGGGCGGCCAGAUCCCCGAGCUCGUCUUCUACGCCUGAGAGACGCGCGGAGAUUCUCACUGCUUCACCGCUAGGGGUUGGGCAUCGAGGAACCGGUUCCUACUACCUCGUUUUGGAGGAUUUUUGGUUUCAAAUCCGAUCACUGGGUUACGAAUUUCAACGUGCGCAAGUCUGGGUUUCCGUAGCGGGCCGGGCGCUUGUUGCGUUGCGGCCUCGGAGCACGGUAAGCGGCGCUCCUAGCUACGUUGGAAAAAGCCCCCGUCUGCAUUGAAUCAAAAUCAAACUUUCCCUCUUAUUCGUGAAAAUAGGCACGUGCGACCCGCUUCAGCUCCACCCGCUCAAAGAAUCGAGAAUCGAUGAGAACCGGAAUCGAAAAGGAAGGAUCUGAAUCCGAAUGGUUAAUAUCCAAACGAUGCCCAGCCCUGUUCACUGCCACCACCACGCGGACUUUUAUGUGUUAAGUGUUGGAGACGAGUUCUCAGGAAGCUGGUUCGAGGAGAGAUGGACGGACUGAGUAGGGCUGCACGAUAUGGCCGACCGAUCUCACGAAGUGGCGUUGUGUGUGACACGCCAAUUCGUAUUAGAGGUGUGAAUCUUCGCCGAUCUCCCGAUUUAGAUUACGAUUAUCAAGUCAGCGAUUCGAUAUCUCGAUGCGUCAAAUGCAUGUUCCUAAUUAAAGCCACGUAGGAUAUUUAAAUCGUAGCUUUUCAAGCUUGUCCACAUCUGUUUUAUCGAGAGAGAGUUCAUCUCACUUCAAUUUUGUUGCUGCAAAAAUGGGUAGGGCUGCUCCCUCUUAGUCGAUUAGUGGACUAAUCGGUCGUUUUGAUCUUAGUCAACAUGGUUGUUGUGUGCUGCGAUGUAGCCCUAAAGCAGCUCGCGGAUAGGUUGACAAACUGAGACCCCGAUAUUAACCCUCUUCUUGUCUUCGGGCCAAAUUUAAAAUUUUAUUUUUUUUGGUCGUCACUAUAGCUUCGGUCGUCUUUUUUUUCUACACUUUUUGUCACUUUUCCUGGAGUUUAUGUUGAUUUCUCCUAGCGCUGCUCCCUCUUAGUCGACUAAUCGGUUGUUUUGGUCUUAGUCAACUUAGAUCUCUUUACUCCAUUAGUCAUGUCUGAUGCUGUUUUCAUGCUGAAUGACUUAUUUCCAAGAAACG